AUGAAUGGAACGCACAAUCAAAAUCUACUUUAUCUGGAAUCCCUUUGCCAAGAAUUAUAUUCCCCCAAUUCUCAAGAACAACGCUCAAAGGCCGAGAAGCUAUUAGACAAUGCUUUUCCAACCUUCUCCGAGACUUUAUCUCCACGUACCAACGGGUCAAAUGGUUUACCAAACAACCCUUUGGGUAUAAAAAUACAAUCGCCGACUGAAUCUUCCAUGUAUUGUAAAUGGCUUUUGGAGAAUUCAACCUCGCCUUAUGCUCAAUUGUUUGCAUCGGCAAGGUUAAAAAGUCUGGUCUUGGAUCAUUAUUCUAUGUUCACAGCGAAACAUAAAUUAGAACUGAGUAUGGGAAGUUUUUUAUUCAAUUAUUUGGCUUUACAUCCUGAUUAUCAGCCAUUUGUCUUGUCUUCGCUUGCACAACUGUUUGCAACUAUAACAAAAGUUGGAUGGUUUGAAGACGAUGAAUUCAAAAAUAUAACAAAUGACGUAUCUAAUUUCAUACAGUCUACUGUGGACCAUAGAAUUGUAGCUAUUGGAUUUAGAGAUUCUGAAUUACUAGACAUUUUCCGGCUGGGUUUUGUUGUUCUACGUCAAAUUUUGAAUGGAGAAAUGGUUUACACAAAUGAACGUAAAUUGAAAGAAUAUUGUUUGACUUUACUUCGCAACUGUUUCGCAUUUGAUUUCAUUGGCACAACUCCGGACGAGUCUGGUGAAGAUGUUGGAAGUAUCCAAGUUACAUCAUCUUGGCGUUCAACAAUCGAAGAUCCGACUUUCCUCCAAACAUUUUUCGAGGCUUAUAAAAGGUUUCAACCGCCACAUUCAAGUCAAGUUAUGGAAGUGCUCGUUCAAAUUUCUUCAAUUCGUCGUUCUCUUUUUAAUGAAGAAGAGCGUUCCAAAUUCCUUCAUGCAUUGAUGCAAGGAAUUAGCGAGAUAAUAAUAGGUUCAAUAGGAUUAUCUGAUUUAAACAACUAUCACGAGUUUUGUCGUCUUCUUUCAAGAUUUAGAUCUACGUAUCAAUGGAACGAGAUCACUGAGAAAUCCGGAUUUAGCGAUUGGAUUGAUUUUGUUGCCGACUUUACUAUUAAAGGAUUUAAUAGUUGGCAGUUUGUGCCAAAUAGCAUACAAUAUUUACUUGCAUUUUGGUCCAAAAUGUAUUCAUAUGCUGGGAAUACUCGUCCAGGUUCUACAAAUAAAUUAGAUAUAAUUUCAAGCAAACUAACUGCAGCAUACAUAAGUUCUAAAAUUCAAUCAGUGGAACAAAUAUUAGAUGGUUCUAUUGAUGAUCCCUUAGAGAAUGAAGAUGCUCUUGUGGAUGAUCUCGAGAUGUUUUCAAAUAUUGCUCGGUACAAAUAUGAUGAAUCUCAGACAAGUAUUGAUAAUUUAUUCCAACCAAUCUUUAAUCAAUAUAAAGAAUUAUUUACACAAGUGAACGCUGGAAUUGUUAAUAGUUCCUAUACUCAAUUUUUCGAUACAAUUGAAACAAAAUUUGCUUGGCUUAUGUAUAUGAUUGGAGGAAUGAUCGGAGGUCGACAGACUUAUAUUAGUUCUGAGGAACAAGAUUUGAUUGAUGGUGAACUUACAUGCCAAAUUCUCCAACUAAUGAAUAUGAAUGAGCAAUGGAAUGCACCGCGUACCAGUGGUAGCGGUUAUGAAAAAUUUGAAUUGGCUUUAGUUUACUUUUUCCAACAGUUUCGCAAGAGUUACAUCGGUGAAAGUGCACAAAGGGUUUCAAAAGUUUAUAGUAAAUUAUCUGAUAUAGGAUAUAAUGAUCAAUCUAUGCUAUUGAAUGCUAUUAUUCAAAGAAUAGCAAAGAAUCUUGAAGGAUGGGGCCAUAGUUCAAAAAUAAUUCAACGCAGUGUUUCCUUGUUUAAUGACUUAGCCGGAGG